GACAUGAAUGGAGAUAUAUGGAAGAUAUAUCCAUAUAUCUCUGAAAUAUUUCUUAAUGUUAGUCUAUUAUUUUGAAGUUAGCUCUGAGUUACAUCUUAUAUUUUUCCGAUUGUAUCACCAGAACAUGUUAUAUUUUUUUCACACCGGAAAUAGUUUUCAAUAAAACGGGAACAAGAGCAGCGGUUAAAACCGUUCAAAACGAAACGUUUAUAGUGGACAUCAACAGCAAAGACUAUGUUACAGACUACUGGCCGCCUGUCCAAAGCGCUACAGCUCACCCUGGCGGUCAUCAAGCCUGAUGCUAUAGCUCAUCCUUUAAUGUCAGAGGCUCUUCAUCAGACAAUUCUGGAUAACAACUUUGCAAUCGUCAGAUGCAAAGAUCUGGUGUGGAGAAAGCAGGAUUCAGAGAGGUUUUAUGCCGAGCAUUCAGACCGAUUCUUCUAUCAAAGACUUGUGGAAUUCAUGUCAAGUGGCCCAAUGAGAGCUUACAUUUUAGCCCGAGAAGAUGCGAUACGGCACUGGAGGGACCUGAUGGGACCAACCAAAGUCUUCCAAGCCAGAUACACAUCCCCUGCCUCCAUCAGGGCUCGCUUCGGCCUCACAGACACCAGGAACACAACUCAUGGCUCAGACUCUAUAGAGUCGGCGCUGAGGGAAAUCCAUUUCUUCUUCCCAGAUUUCAACGUGGAGCAGUGGAUAGAGAAGGAAGAACCGUUCUUCAGAUCAGGACACAUUCGUUAUGACGAUGAAGAUCAGAUCCACAAACCUCUGUCACUAAGCUGACCCUAGAGCAGCCCAGCCCCAUUCUACAGUAUAACUAAAGCUUGACUGGUUUAUAUUACGGAAUGUGUACAGAUGCCGCAGAUGAGGAGUAAAACGGGUGUUUGAAAGGACUGAUUUGUUGUGAGGAAAACAGCCUGCUAGGCUUCUAUCACUUGUAAUUUUUAUGUUAGAAGGGACAUUGAGGUAUUAGAAAAAUCUAAAUCCAUUGCUCUUGACUAAAGCUGUGAGAUCUAUUGUAAAAUAUUACCUCCCAAUGGGUUUUACCUCAGUGGCUGCAUUGAGGAUUAGAGUUUGACACCAGAGAUGUGUAAAAGCCUCUUCUAAAAUACUAAACAGCUGGAUUUGUAGAGCUCAAUAAUAUAACCACCUACUUAUAAAUGUAUUAUUAUAUUUCUUUGAAGAGGAAAACUCUUCAGAUU